UACAGCAAAAGGUUGAUUGCAGUGACUCUGACGAGGCGUUUAUCUAGAACCAAAAAAUGGAAGAAGUACUGGAAAGAGAGGGCGAAUAUGAGGAUGCAGAAAUAAACGAAGUAAAUGUUAGAGAAUUAUCAGACAGCGAAGAAAAUGAUUCAGCCGAGGAUUUAACCAUUCAUUAUAUUGCUUUAAUGAAUGAAACAUCGGAGGAUAAAGAGCCAACCAUUCAUUUCGAACCACUAGAUCCAGUUCCUGAUGAAAAUUAUCCUAUUACUGCUGGGGAUGCAAACAAUCCAACACUUCUUUAUAUUGCAGUUGAAUAUUUAAAAAACAAUCUUGGAGCAAAUUUAGCAAAUCCGAGUGAACCUAUGUCUCCCGAAAAUUUCACAGACUAUGAUUCGCCUCAGGUUAGCCCUUUGGAUCCAAAUAUGAGCUCUGUCGCUCCUCAUAGCCCUUUACCAGUUCAAUAUCAAGAAAAUAGCAAUAGUGGACUGGAACCUAUCAUAAUUCAUCAAUUUAAUAAACCUGACGAAUCUUUUAUCAAUGACACACCUGAAGAAGACGAUUUGGUGAAUUUAGUACCAGAAAUGCCUAAUGUUUUAUGUAAUAGCGAUUUACAAUCUCAAGACUAUCAAUAUUUAGGAAUGAUUAAUGGUUCAAAUAUGGAUUUAAUGGGUCAGAAUGACGAUAUGCAGAUUUCAGAAAAUAAUAAUCAAGAAGUCGAAUUGCUGAUUCCUGAUCCAACAACAGGAAUAUUGUAUAGUGUAAAUGCUCAAGACUUCCUUGCUGAAAGCUGUUUGGAAAAUAACCAAGAGCUUCAAGAAAAUACUUCAUCAAAUCCAAUUCUAGAACAAAAUUUAUUUUCUACAACUGAUAUGAAUGACACAUAUAAUUCUGCAAUUAUUACAUCAUCGCCAAAUGAAGAAAAUUUGAAUGGCUCCAGUGGCCAAAAUGAUGUGUGUUCUGUAUACGGCAAAGUUCAUACUCGGAGUAAUUGUCCUAGCAAUAUUGAUGAAGAAGAAAAAUUGUUGUCGUGUGUCUACAGUAUCACAGAUAAACCAAUCUUAUCCAAGGCCCGAGCUUCUUUGCCUGAAACCUAUUUGACUCUUUCAAAAAUUGAUGGAGAAGAUGUAGUACUUGCAAGGAGAAAGAUUUCUAAAAGGACACAGUUUGGCCCUCUAAAAGGCAGUUUAACUGAAAAUGACAAUGGAAAUACAAAGUUUCUAAAGUUUGCUGAAGGCUAUAUAUAUAGUGUGGAUGUUUCUGAUGAAAAUCUGUCAAACUGGAUGGGUUUUGUGAGGAAAGCUCAGACAUAUGAAGAACAGAAUUUAAUUUUAACACAGGAAGGACAAGAUUUGUAUUUUACAGCUACAAUGGAUAUAAAUCCAAGAAAAGAGCUUAAGUUUGGGUAUAGUAGAGCAUAUGCCCGAUUAUUUAAUUUAGAUAUUAUAAAACCAAUAGAACAUACAUUUAAAAAAACUUGGACUUGCUAUGAGUGUUUUGAAAAAUUCUCGACCGCGGAAGAACUUAAUGGACACUCCAUUAUUCAUGCACAAGAUGAAAACACUAAACCAAAACGUAGAUAUAAAAGGCCAGCUAAGAACAAAACGCAAGUUGAUCUUGUAGAGUGCAAUAAUUGUUUGGAUUUAUUCUGUUCGACUGUGAGCUUUGUUACUUUGAAAAAUCAUUUGACCCAAAACCAUAAUGUAUUGGGCCAUAUCAAAAUUGAAGAUUAUUUUAGUAUGCAUCAAUUAUUUCAGUGCAACGUUUGCGAUAUUAAAUUCAAGCUAGAAAUACUCCUGAAAAUUCACAAACUUGAGCACUAUGCCGACAUGCGUUUGGAUCUAGCCAAUCAUGUAUGUCCUCAAUGCCAAAGGAAAUUUCCGACAAGGAAGCAAUUGGUAAUGCAUAUGCCUGCACAUGCAGUAGUAAAAAAUAUUACCAAAGAUGAUUCUGUGAAGUGUCCAAUAUGUCAUAAGAUAUUUGCGCAUUCUAUUAGGGUGCAGAAACACAUGUUAUGCCACGGAUCAGAAGAAAGCAAACCGCUACAAUGCAAUGUGUGCCAGAAGCGCUUUCUCACAGCAUCUGCACUAGCGUUUCAUGCAAAAACUCACGUUGUUGGUGUAAAACACUUUCAAUGUCCAAUUUGCAAGGAACGCUUCGAUCAAGUGCUCAAGCUGAGAAAACACAUCCCAGCGCAUCUCCAUAAUGACAUGUUCACAUGUCCCUAUUGUGAAAAAACGUUUACCAAAUAUAGCAUUAUUAGGAAGCAUAUUCGUUUCCACAAUGAGAGGAAGUACCACUGCACAGUAUGUCCUAAGUCUUUCCCUACACAAGAAAAUUUAAAGAAGCACAUGUUGAGACAUUCUGACCAUAGAGAAUUUUUAUGUUCAGACUGUGGAAAACAAUUUAAACGAAAAGAUAAGUUAGUGGAACAUAUCAAAAAGCUUCAUCUUGAAAAAGAAGUAAUUACCCAUGUACCUAGAAUACCUAGAGUUCGAAAUUCUGUAACAGUUAAUUUAAAAGAACCCGCUGAUUUUCAUAGAUUUAUUUAUAAAUGCUAUAAAUGUCUUGUUGGCUUUAAAAGAAGAGGCAUGCUAGUGAAUCAUCUAGUCAAACGUCAUCCUGAUAUAACACCAGAUUCUGUUCCUGAACUCAACUUGCCCAUACUUCAAACAACACGAGAUUAUUAUUGUCAAUACUGUGAUAAAGUAUAUAAGAGCAGUUCCAAGAGGAGAAUUCACAUAUUGAAGUUCCAUCCUGGAGCUGCCUUACCAGUUAAUAAAAAUCAGAAAGUUACUGGACCACCGCCUGCAGUUUCGGCUGCAACCUUUUCAACUACAGCAAGUGUAACAACUCGUCCAAAAAAAUGUGAGUGGUGUCACAAACAAUACGCGAGCAAAAGUAAAUUGUUACAGCACGUAAGAAAAGCGCACCCUUCAGAAGAAAACCUUUCUGCACAAAAAGUUCCUAUGAUAGAUUUCAAAGAAAUCGAUUCUGCGACCCUCGACGGUAUUCCUGAGAGUCCUUUGGGAAAACUUCCGGAGCAAAUUAUUAAUUUCAUGCCUAUUACCAAAGAUGUAGAACCGCCGGCAUACUUGAUCAAUCAAAAUGACGAGUUUUCAGAUGUACUACAAAAUCAAUAUACCACUGACGGCAAUAUGACUGAUAUAACUAAGGCUGUGAUUGAUAGAUUGAUUGAUGAAGAUUCGAAAUAUUUACAUUUGUCAAUAGACGAAGGAGAACUGGAAAAUACAAAUUCGCAUUUAUACCAAUUGUUGACUUCUAAUGACCAUCUCAAUCCCAUUAAACUGGCAGUGAGUUUGGACUUAAUGAAAGUGGGAGCAGAUACAAGAGAAGGCAGGUCGGAGAAGGAAAUAAAAGCAGUGGGAGAUCUCAGGAAGUCGGUGAACCCUAAUACACCUCUCGCGGAUAUUAAAACACUUCGGCUUGGCCAAUUCACACCAGGAAAAAUUAGGCCAGUCAAAGUGAUUUUCAAUACGGAAGAAGCUGUGACGGAAGUAAAUGCGUUGUCCGUCCUCAGAUUCAAGGGUAUACUGGCUGGAACAGGAAAAUAUUUAAAAUAUGACCAAACUAAAGCACAAAGAGCCUACUUAGGCAAGGUUAUGCAAGAACUUGAGGAGAUAACAGCGAAGGGUGUCAAAUCCAGAGAGGCCAUGGCAAAUGCUGAAGGCGGCCAACAGCGGCCAAAAAACUCCCAAUAA